GAGGGAAAAAAUCCCAAUUUAGGAGCAAACAGUUGUUACUGGUUCUUGUAUCUCCCGGGAUUCCCGUUGCUUUACCCACACCACACAAGAGUUUGGGGCCGUGACUCAGCGGGGUGAGGAGGAGGAGGAGGAGGAGGAGGAGCAGGGGCAGCGCCAGCUGGUGGUGAGGGCCGAGCCCAGCCCGCAGUGAGCAGCCAGGAAUCCCCCCAAGCUCCUGGGAAUGGCCGGGGGACGCCGGGGUCCCAACAGAACCUCCUACUGCCGGAACCCCCUGUGCGAGCCCGGAGCCGCCGGGGCCUCCGGACACUCCUCGGGCUCCUCCGUCACCGGCGUGCGCUCCCGGACCAGGAGUGGCUCAGGGACAGGCCUGUCCAGCCCCCCUCUGGCAGCUCAGACCGUCGUCCCCCUGCGGCACUGCAAGAUCCCCGAGCUGCCCGUGGAGAGGAGCGUCCUGUUCGAGCUGCAGCUCUUCUUCUGCCACCUCGUCGCCCUCUUCGUCCACUACAUCAACAUCUACAAGACGGUGUGGUGGUACCCACCCUCCCAUCCUCCUUCUCACACGUCCCUGAACUUUCACCUCAUUGACUUCAACGUGCUGACGGUGACGACCAUCGUCCUGGCACGGCGGCUCAUCGGUGCUAUCGUCAAGGAGGCUUCCCAGAGUGGCAAAGUCUCCCUGCCACGCUCCAUCUUCCUGGUGGUCACUCGCUUCGCCGUCCUCACAGGCACGGGCUGGAGUUUGUGUCGCUCCAUCAUCCACCUCUUCAGAACCUACUCCUUCCUCAACCUCCUCUUCCUGUGCUACCCGUUCGGGAUGUACAUCCCCUUCCUGCAGCUGAACUGUGACUUUCGGAAGGCGGGGCUCUUUGCCCAGGUGGCCAACAUCGGCCCCAGGGACACGGGAGAGGUGACAGCCCGGGGCAGGGACUACCUGACGGUGCUCAAGGAGACCUGGAAGCAGCACACGAGGCAGAUGUACGGCAUGGAGGCCAUGCCCAGCCACGCCUGCUGCCUGUCCCCGGACCUCAUCCGCAACGAGGUGGAGUUCCUGAAGAUGGACUUCAACUGGCGCAUGAAGGAGGUGCUGGUGAGCUCCAUGCUCAGUGCCUACUACGUGGCCUUCGUGCCUGUGUGGUUUGUCAAGAACACUCAGUACUACGACAAACGCUGGUCCUGCGAGCUCUUCCUGCUGGUUUCCAUCAGCACCUCGGUGAUCCUCAUGCAGUACCUGCUCCCUGCCCGCUACUGUGACCUGCUCCACAAAGCUGCAGCACACCUGGGCUGCUGGCAGAAGGUGGAUCCAGCCCUCUGCUCCAACGUGCUGCAGCAUCAGUGGACUGAGGAGUGCAUGUGGCCUCAGGGGGUCCUGGUGAAGCACAGCAAGAAUGUCUACAAGGCCGUGGGGCACUACAACGUGGCCGUGCCCUCGGACGUCUCGCACUUCCGAUUCCACUUCUUUUUCAGCAAACCACUGCGAAUCCUCAACAUCUUGAUCCUGCUGGAAGGAGCAGUCAUCUUCUACCAGCUCUACUCGCUGAUUUCCUCGGAGAAGUGGCACCAGACGAUCUCCCUGGCUCUGAUCCUCUUCAGCAAUUACUACGCCUUCUUCAAGCUGCUGCGGGACCGGCUGGUGCUGGGCAAAGCCUACUCCUAUGCUGCCAGCAGGGACUCAGAGCAGAAGUUAAAUUAAAACAAUUGCACUGAUGCUCUCAGCUUAUUACAGAACAAACAAAAACGAGAAACCCUCAGAGCUUUGUAUUUUUGUUACCACUGCUUUUUUUUGUUGUCGUUUUCUUUGAUAACUGAUGUAAUUAAAAGGAAAAAAAAAACCUAUUUUUUUACUCCCAA